UUGAUGUCUAUCUCCUCCAGUGCGCAUCUAAAGUGCACUGGUAGUGUUAAAAAAAGUGUACUAUUCUGGAAGCUACUUUCCAUUAAGGUUAAGAUAUAUCCAACUAGACUGCUCAAAUAUAGCCUAUCGGAGUGACUCACCAGGGAUGUAUUCUAGCCUAUGUGUGCCAUUCUAACUUGAGUAACGUUUAGGCAUUGGUUCAAAGUUUUUUUUUUAUAUGAGCGGCUGAACAUUGGGCAACACAAGCCAGGUCGACAAAGUUACCUAAAUAAAAAUGUCCUCGACUCUCAGCUCCCCAUCGCUGAACAACAGCAGCCUUUUCACUGCGAGCUACGAGAGGACGGACCUCACCGAGGCGCAAAGACACAUCAGCAUGCUUCUCUUCGGCUUGUGCGUCGCCAUCGCCGCUGCUACCUUCGUGGGAGGUGUGUAUUCUCUCAUCUUUUUCAUCCAGAUGAGGUGGAAAACCAUCCUGUGGCUCAUCGUGGCUUCAAUGUCCGUUGACGACUUGCUCAGCGUAAUACCUCUCUCCCUCUUUAUGCUCCUCCAGUGGGAGAGAGAUGGAGAGGGAGGGUCGGUGACCAUAUGCACUUUAUCGGGACUUCUCUAUGUGUUCCAAGGACUCUCCAGCAAUAUGAAGGCUUGCCUUAUCGCAGGCUACACCUUUUACGUUACUAAGCGAGAAAGAAGUCCUCGACCGUUACGCGUGAUGUGGGCGAUAGCCGGGGUGUGGGUAGUCAGCCUGGCCGUCAGUGUACUACCCCUGUGCGGCUGGGGGAGUUUCACCCCGGUCUCUCUAGGCUGUUUCCCAGAGAGCCACAGUUUUUACGUUCUGCUCCUUUUCUCUUUGUACUCCUUGUGUUUCUGCGGAUUGGUCUUAUUCUUCGUUCCUCUCACCUACCAACUACUGUGUUCCAGGGAGCCACAGAGGACGUUCAACCCGAGCUACUUGGAUAUAGCCAGGGAUCUGAGAUGGGACGGGUCUGCGCCUCUCUGCGACCUCCCGUCCUUCUCUCGGGAUAGCUUAGACAGAAGUUUCAGUGCCUACAACGAGCUGUGUCCGGUUGGGUCGGGGAAAGGGCUAGGGGUGCGGGGCACAGUGGAAACAUAUACCUGCCCAACCCCUGCCUCUGACGGUGUACUGAGGGAUGGAACCAUCAGUAACUGGGAAUCUCCGGUGUUCUUUGCACAAAAGCGCUUCUCCAUGAUCCUAGCGGUGGUGAGAGUUGUCUUGUGGAUGCCGAUGAUGACUCUGGUGCUCGUGCGUCAUGCUGUGAACGAGCGCAGCUCGUCCCUGGAAGCGGUGGAAACGGUGAGCUUCUUCCUGACCCUGCUGGCGCCUGCGGUCACGCCGGUGUUCAUGCUCUCCGAGCGCUGGAUCCACCUUCCGUGCGGGUGCUUCAUCAACUGCCGGCAGGACACAGAGCGCGAGCCCACCGCAAAGAAGAGGAGGUUUGAGUUUAACCUCUCCUUCCAACAAGGAUACGGAAUAUACAAGUUAUCCCACUCAAACAAACCCCACCACAGCCCGUCUGUCGAGAAGGCUUCCUAUCAAAACAUCUUCAACUUCACAGAAAACCAACUUGCUGUGCUGGACAGCUCCGAUGUCGCGAGCCUGCAGGCCGAGCUCGAGUUCAUGACCCCACGCGAAGUAGACAGCUCCUACCUGCACGAGCAUGGCGAGCUGCUUCUCGAGGCGGAGGCAGGUGGGGGAGAGGCCCUCGCGCUGGCAGACUGCCUCCAGUUUCCUCACGGUAACCACGGAGACCAGGACAGCUUCUUCUGUGGGCCCAGCUCCCGGGACUGCGAGGACCUCAACCUCACUGACACGUCGUCGGUGUUCGAGGGAACGGAACGGAGACUGUCGCAUGUAGAGUGCAGAAAAAUGGAGCUGACGGACUGGGAGUGGUGUAGGAGUAAAUCAGAGAGGACCCCCAGACAGAGAUCUGGGGGAGGUCUGGCCAUCCCUCUGUGUGCCUUCCAGGGCACCGUCUCCCUGCACUCCCCCACAGGGAAGACCCUCUCCCUCUCCACCUAUGAGGUCAGCAGCGACGGCCUCACUAUCUCCCCCCACGCCGCCAAGAAGGUGGAGGUCUACCGCUCCAAGUCUGUAGGCCACGAGCCCAGUGCAGAUGACCCCACCACCGGGGGCCCGGCCGGGGGAGUGGGGAUGGAGAUGGAGGUGGGAGAGGUGGCAAUGGGGGACACAAACGUGAAGAUCCACCUGGAGGUGUUGGAGAUCUGUGACAACGAAGAGGCCACGGACAGCGUGUCCAUCAUCUCUAACAUCAGCCAGUCGUCCUCCCACGCCCGCUCCCCGUCGCUGCGCUAUUCUCGGAAGGAGAACCGCUUUGUCUCCUGUGACCUGGGGGAGACAGCCUCAUACUCACUGCUCAUCCCCAACAGUGGAAACCCCGAGGCGGACAACAUCAACAUCAACAUCCCUGACACGGUGGAGGCCCACCGGCAGAACAGCCGCAGACAGACACAGGAGACGGGAGGCUACCGCGAGGAGAUACAGCUGCUCAACGAAGCCUACAGGAAGCAGGAAGAGGACAGAGAAGACUGAUACACACACACACAGGAAGCAUGAAGAAGACAGAAAAGACUGAUACACACACACAGGAAGCAGGAAGAGGACAGAGAAGACUGAUAACCAGACAAAGGAAGCAUGAAGAGGACAGAGAAGACUGAUACACACACACACAGGAAGCAUGAAGAGGACAGAGAAGACUGAUACACACACACAGGAAGCAUGAAGAAGACAGAAAAGACUGAUACAUCACAGGCAGCAGGAAGAGGACAGAGAAGACUGAUACACACACACACAGGAAGCAGGAAGAGGACAGAAAAGACUGAUACACACACACAGGAAGCAGGAAGAGGACAGAGA